GUUGGUGCAACCGUCGGCGGCGGCGAGGGCGGGGACGAGAUGCCGAGGGUCAAGCGCGUCGUCACGACGGGCACGCUUGCACCGCCGCCGUACUCGGUCUAUUCGCCCAAGAUGCGCUGGUUCAUCGUCGGCCUCGUCUCGCUCGCCGGCCUCUUCUCACCUUUGUCCGCAAACAUCUACUUCCCCGUCAUCCCGGCCAUCUCGCGCGACCUCGGCGUCAGCGUCGAGCAGAUCAACGUCUCGGUCGUCGUCUACAUGAUCUUGCAGGGCGUCGCUCCUUCUUUCUUCGGCGCCAUCUGCGACGUCCUCGGUCGCCGGCCCGUCUACCUCUUCACCUUCGUCAUCUACCUCGGCGCCUGUGCCGGCCUCGCCAACACGCACGAGUACUGGCUCCUGCUCGUCCUGCGCGGCGUCCAAGCCGCAGGCUCAUCUUCGGUCAUCGCCAUCGGCUCGGGCACGAUUGGCGAUAUCGCGCCGCCCAAGGACCGAGGCAUGUUGGUCGCCGUGUUUGGGCUCGGGCCCAUGGUCGGACCUUGUAUCGGUCCUGUCGUCGGUGGCCUGCUCGCGAACGCCUACGGCUGGCAGUCCCUCUUCUGGUUCUUGUUCGCGUUCGGCGCCGUCGUCCUCGUCCUUCUCGCCCUCGUCCUCCCCGAGACGCUGCGAUCCCUCGUCGGCAACGGCUCGAUACCGGCUCGCGGCGUCAACCGCUCCCUCGUCUCGAUCUGGCAGGAGCAUCGGCGGCGGCGCGAGGUCGGCAAAGCGGCCGAGCCGGACGCGGCGAGCCUCGCGGCGCGACCGCCCAAGAAGGGCUGGAAGGACGUCAAGCCGUUCGCGCCGCUCAAGAUGUUCCUCGAGAAGGACGUCUUCCUCGUCCUCACCUUCAACGCCGUCUGCUAUACUUUGUUCUACUGCGUCACGACCUCGACCGGCACGGUGUUCCAGACGACGUACAGCCUGAACGAGUCGGAGCUCGGCCUGUGUUUUCUCGCCAACGGUAUCGGAUGCCUCCUCGCGACGUUCGUCAACGGCCCGCGCCUGACGGCCGACUACAAGCACGUCGCGCGCCGCGUCGAGCAGAAGCGCCUCGAGGAAGGCGUCAGCAUCGAGGAGCAGGAGAAGGAGCGCAAGAAGGACCAGAACGACCUGUCCCACUUCCCGAUCGAGCACGCUCGCCUGCGGUCCAUGCCCUACUUCUUCGUCGGCCUGAUCUCGUCGACCAUCGUGUACGGCUGGGUCGUCGACGAGGGCGUCCACCUUUCGGUCCCGCUCAUCAUGCAGUUCAUCGUCGGAUUGACCGUAACGAGCGUCAUGAACAGUGUCAACACGCUGCUCGUCGACUUGUACCCGGGCCAGUCGGCGUCGGCGAUCGCGGCCAACAACCUGUACCGUUGCCUCUUGGGCGCCGCCGGCACAGGCUUCAUCGACCCGCUCCUCAAGCGACUCGGCCCAGGGUGGGCUUUCACCAUGCUCUCGCUCGUUACCUGCCUCUUCCUCCCGCUCGCGAUCCUCGAGUGGCGCAAGGGCAUGAGGUGGCGGGCCGAGCGCAGGGCUCGACUUGCGCGACAAGCGGCCAAGGUUGAGGAGCGCAUGAGGGAGAAGGUGCGGACGUUGGAGAAGGAACACGAGGGCGAGAGAGGUACGAGCGCAGGUGGCGCUGGCUGUCCAAAUUCCUAGUCUAGAUUCACAUCACUUGUCUUGUGUAGACCUACGCAUCCCUUCUCUUGCAUGAUCGUUCAGCCACGCGCUCG